AGUACCCCUGGAGCGCUCUCUCCUCGCGGCCUCACGGAGAGCAGCAGAGCGCGUGCGCACAUCGGAGCAGAAUGUUGAGCAAAACGGAGUAGAGCAGAAACGGAAAGACGCGCAAGCAAAUAAACAUAUUUUUCUUUAGCGAAGUGAACGACUGUCGACCUAGAAUAUAACUUAUAAAAACAUGACGGAGCCCCAGUCAGCACUGUUACUCAGGAGACAGCUAGCAGAACUGAAUAAAAAUCCUGUGGAAGGUUUCUCAGCCGGUUUGAUAGAUGAUAAUGAUCUCUACAGAUGGGAAGUGCUAAUAAUCGGCCCUCCUGAUACACUUUUUGAGGGUGGUGUUUUUAAAGCCCAUCUUACGUUUCCCAAAGACUAUCCUCUCAGGCCUCCUAAAAUGAAGUUCAUAACAGAAAUAUGGCAUCCAAAUGUUGACAAAAAUGGUGAUGUUUGUAUUUCGAUAUUGCAUGAGCCGGGGGAGGAUAAAUACGGCUAUGAAAAACCAGAAGAGCGCUGGCUCCCCAUUCACACCGUAGAGACCAUCAUGAUUAGCGUCAUCUCAAUGCUUGCUGACCCCAAUGGAGAUUCCCCUGCCAAUGUUGAUGCAGCAAAAGAGUGGAGGGAAGACAGACAUGGUGAAUUCAAAAGAAAAGUUGCCCGCUGUGUAAGAAAGAGCCAAGAGACUGCCUUCGAGUGAUAUUCAUCUAGCAGCUUGUAGCUUCACUAUUUUCAGGGUCUCCAGUUGAGAAACAACAUGGCACUUUCUUGCACUCUACCAACUGGUUUUCAUUGAAUGUUGGCAGUAACAGACUGGCAUUAAUAGGCUGCAAUAGAACAUAAGGCCAUCACAGAUGCUGACAGAACACGCCAAGCAAGUGCCAACAAAAAAAGAGAAAGAAACCUAAACAAUUAUGCUCUUUUUUUUUUUUCUUCUUUUUUUUCCCCCCAAGUCUAUGAACUGAUACAACUUUUCAGGAAGAGAUUGUAAAGAUGUGUACAUAGCACAGACAUAAAAACCGGAUAAUAUAUAAUAACUUGUUCCUGUCCAUCCAGCAAGACUUGGUACCAAAUAAAAUAGCAGUUCUGUAGUUAGAGUGUGACAUCAUGUAAAGUUCUUGAAGACUAUAGUUCGCCUCCCCCUCUGGCUGCCGCACAUCUAGUGUGCAUCAGAUCUGUUACAGGUGCAAGUGGCCUGCCCUGAUGUACCCACUUGUCAGUUUGAACAAAAGUCUGCUUUGGCAUUUCUCACUCGAUCCAGUUUUAGGUUGGGGAAGGCAGGGGUAAGCUAUCGAUAGGAUUCAAAGCAUGCUCGUCAUGAUGGAAGGCUUUCUCAAUCGGGACACUUCAGGUAAAAUAGCUGUAAAGCACGGUCAUUUUCUUAUUAAUUCGGGGUCAUGAAGGUACUUCUCUGAUUUGGUUUUAAAUGGGGUGGGUGGGGCGGGCGGGCGGGGGAGUGCUCUUAUCUCGGCUGAAAGGAUAACUGCAUUCUGAGCGUCAGGUUCUCAUCUUUUCUCUUUUGUCGUCCAUUUGAGGCAGGGAGGCAAUGGCAAGGAAACCCAUCAGAUGUGAUUUUUCUUUUUUCUGCAUGUUUUAAUUUCUCUUUUGUUUUCAAAAGUGCCUCCAGUUUAAACCACUUGGCUUGUUAUGUGCCCUGCAUCAAACAGGAGCUAAAGGGAGGAACAUGUUUAAGAACUGCUCAACAUGCUGUCAAGCUUGUGUGAAUGUGAGGUUUUUUCAUAACCCUUGUACCAGCAUUCUGAAUUAUUUUGGUGUAGCAAUAACUGCUUUGCCCACAUUAUGUGUGGACAUCUUAAAAUUGGAUAUUGGUAUGCGAUUUCUAGUAAAGAUUCUCCCUUGUGUUUUUUUUUUGGGGGGGGGGGGCUUAACACCUCUUUUGUGUGGUUUCUUUGAUCGGUUUCUUAGCCAUGCUUUAAAUGUAGAUUUCUUGCAAACAGUUUCUGGGAUUUCAGAUGAGGUGUGUGAGUGCGUAUGUUUAAGGGCGAUUGAGCAGAGAGGUGUGCGUGUGCGUGCGCAUGACUGUAUCCCAGUCUCUCUCCUCCCACAAUCUUUAAUUCUCUGGUUAAUUUUAUUCUGGCUCCGACAGACUACUGCAGUUCUUUUGCCUAAUGUACAAAGACAAAAUACCGAUGUAUAUUUUUCAUGUUAUGGAAAUUGUCACCUCUAGUGAGUUCUUCUAAAAUAUAAUUUUUUUCCAAUACUUGUUUGAGUGUGCUGUCCGUGUUUAAAGUGUUGUCACAAACUUGAAAAUAUGAAAUUCAUCAAUACCAGCGUAACUACAAAUGUAUGUGCUUUUUAUUAAGGUUAUUCUCCUCAAAACAUGACAAUUUUACAUAAACCAUUGGCUGAAAAGUG